AUGCCAAGAAAGAAAUCAAAUUCAGAUGAUGGUGAUCUUGAAUAUGCACCAUCUAGGGAAUCGAUUAUUGAAGAUGAGGAGACUGAGUCUCAACCUAAAACUAAAGCUCGUCGAUCGAAGAAGAAAACUGAGGACAGUGAUGACUCGGUCGAAGACUCUCAAAAUGAUACUGUAAAAGAUAAAAAAUCUAAAAAGCAUAAAGAUACGACGAAUAAUAAAAAAAAAACUAAAAAGAAUCAAGAUUCAAUUAUUGAUACUAUAAGUAAUUCCGCGGUCAGCCAACCGGUGCAUUGGGUACAGCAAUUAGUAAAAGGUGAUGAAAAGGAUAAAAAGAAAGAUAAAGAUCCUCUUACUGCUGCUGAAAAAAAUAAAAAGAAAGAUAAAGAUCCUCUUACUGCUGCUGAAAAGAAUAAAAAGAAAGAUAAAGAUCCUCUUACUGCUACUGAAAAAGAGGCCGCUAAUGAAGCCGAAGAGGAGAUCUUGAAAUCAGUACCAUUACCAUCCUCUUUAAAAUCUAGGGGUAAUAAUAAAAAAACUUGCAUUAUUGGCGCAAUUAAUAUCCAAGCGUUUGGUACCAAAAAAUCCGCAAAUAAACCUAUAAUGAGAAUUAUUGUUGAUAUUCUCAAACGUUAUGAUAUUAUCCUUUGUCAAGAAAUCCAUGCACCAAAUGGCAAAACAGAAAUUAUUCAAAAUCUUGUAGACUCGAUCUCGACUUCAUCUACACCAUAUGCUUAUACCUUAUCCGAUCCCAUCGGUAGAAAUUCUUAUCAAGAAAGAUAUCUUUAUUUAUAUAGGAAAAAUGAUUGGAAAGUAAUUGAUGCUUACAUAAUUGAUGAUACAAAGUUGGGAGAUAAAUUUAUUCGAGAACCCUACGUUGCACGAUUUCAACAUCUGAAAUACUCUGAUGUGAGAAUUAAUCUUGUCGGUUGCCAUACGCAACCAGAAAACGCGUACAACGAAAUCCAAGCAUUAGUAACUGAUGUAUAUCCUGAUGUAAAAAAGAAAGUAGUGCAAAGAACAAGAGGUAUAUCUAAGACGACGGAAAAAAAAGAGGAUCUCGUUGACGGACUCACUCGUUUAUUUAGUUAUUGUUGUAGUUGUUUUACGACAUCCACUGAAGCUACGUCAAAUCAAAAAGCAAGAGAUGUAGAUGUUAGUGAACCUAUAGUUAUAAUGGGAGAUUUCAAUGCAUCAGGAUCUUAUCUUAAUAAAACUAAUCGUGAAGAACUUGAUAAAAUUUUGCAGCAAAAAAAAUUGGAAUGGGGCAUUGAUCAUAAAAGUGACACUACUGUUGGAACCGCAGAUGCUGCCUAUGACCGGUUUAUAUUUGAACAGAAAAACAUGGAUAGGUGGAUUGGAAAGACCGACGUAUGGAGAUUCGACGAAGGUUGGACAAACAAAAGUAAAGAAGAUCCGGCUUUGGUUAAGAAAGCUGCAAAACGUGUUACUGAUCAUUAUCCUAUUGA